CCGGGCCCGGGCUGUGCGGCGGCCGGGCGGCCCUGGUAGCUGGGCGCGCGGCGCGGAGGGGGCGAGCCCGGCGCGCGGGUCUCAUUGUUGGGGGGGGGGCCCGUCGGGGCAUGAGGGCGAGAGCACGGCGGGGGGGGCGGCCAGACAGAGCGAGCGAGGAGGAGGAGGAGGAGGAGGACGCCGAGGAGGAGGAAGGAGGAGGCAAAGAAAAGAAGCGGCGGCGGCGGCGGAGGAGGAGGAGGGAGCGAGGAGGCGCGCGGCCCCCCGCUCCCUCCCUCCCCCCCUGACCCCCGACCCCCGCCGGCCGGCCCCCCGCCCCAGCCCCGGAGGGAGCUCAUGGGAGUAUGAAGGAGAUGGUAGGAGGCUGCUGCGUAUGUUCGGACGAGAGGGGCUGGGCCGAGAACCCGCUGGUCUACUGUGAUGGGCACGCGUGCAGCGUGGCUGUCCACCAAGCUUGCUAUGGCAUCGUCCAGGUGCCAACGGGACCCUGGUUCUGCCGGAAAUGUGAAUCUCAGGAGCGAGCAGCCAGGGUGAGGUGUGAGCUGUGCCCACACAAAGACGGGGCAUUGAAGAGGACUGAUAAUGGAGGCUGGGCCCAUGUGGUGUGCGCCCUCUACAUCCCAGAGGUACAGUUUGCCAACGUGCUCACCAUGGAGCCCAUUGUGCUGCAGUAUGUGCCUCAUGAUCGCUUCAACAAGACGUGCUACAUCUGUGAGGAGCAGGGCCGGGAGAGCAAGGCGGCCUCGGGAGCCUGCAUGACCUGUAACCGCCACGGAUGUCGGCAAGCUUUCCAUGUCACCUGUGCCCAAAUGGCAGGCCUGCUGUGUGAGGAGGAAGUGCUAGAGGUGGACAACGUCAAGUACUGUGGCUACUGCAAAUACCACUUCAGCAAAAUGAAGACAUCCCGGCAUACCAGUGGGGGAGGCGGAGGAGCAGGGGGAGGAGGAAGCACAGGGGGCGGUGGCAGUGGUUUUAUUGCUGGCAGGAGAAGCCGGUCAGCCUCUCCAUCCACCCAGCAAGAGAAGCACCCUUCUCACCAUGAAAGAGGCCAGAAGAAGAGUCGAAAGGACAAAGAACGCCUUAAACAGAAGCACAAGAAGCGGCCUGAGUCACCCCCCAGCAUCCUCACCCCACCUGUGGUCCCCACUGCUGACAAGGUCCCCUCCUCAGCUUCUUCCUCCUCCCACCAUGAGGCCAGCACUCAGGAGACCUCUGAGAGCAGCAGGGACUCCAAGGGGAAAAAGUCUUCCAGCCAUAGCCUGAGUCACAAGGGGAAGAAACUGAGCAGUGGGAAAGGUGUGAGCAGUUUCACCUCCGCCUCCUCCUCCUCCUCUUCCUCCUCCUCCUCUUCCUCCUCCUCUGGGGGGCCCUUCCAGCCUGCAGUCUCGUCCCUGCAGAGCUCCCCUGACUUCUCGGCAUUCCCCAAGCUGGAGCAGCCAGAGGAGGACAAGUACUCCAAGCCUGCAGCCCCCACCCCUUCGGCCCCCCCCUCUCCCUCAGCCCCUGAGCCCCCAAAGGCAGACCUCUUUGAGCAGAAGGUGGUCUUCUCUGGCUUUGGGCCCAUCAUGCGCUUCUCCACCACCACCUCCAGCUCGGGCCGGGCCCGGGCCCCGUCUCCUGGAGACUAUAAGUCUCCCCACGUUUCGGGGUCUGGGGCCUCAGCAGGCACCCACAAGCGGAUGCCCACACUGAGUGCCGCCCCUGCGCCUGCUGAGGAGACCCCUGAGACAGGCCUGAAGGAGAAGAAGCACAAAGCUAGCAAGAGGAGCCGACAUGGACCGGGUCGUCCUAAGGGCAGCCGGAACAAGGAGGGGGCUGGGGGCGUCACCAUUCCCUCCUUGCCCAGUGCCCAGCUGGCUGGCUUUACUGCCACUGCUGCCUCACCCUUCUCCGGAGGUUCCCUGGUCAGCUCUGGCCUGGGUGGUCUGGCCUCCCGCACCUUUGGGCCUUCAGGGAGCCUUCCCAGCCUGAGCCUGGAGUCCCCCCUGCUAGGGGCAGGCAUCUACACCAGUAAUAAGGACCCCAUCUCCCAUGGUGGCAGUGGCGGAAUGCUGCGCGCUGUCUGCAGCACCCCUCUCUCCUCCAGCCUGCUGGGGCCCCCAGGGACCUCGGCCCUGCCCCGCCUCAGCCGCUCCCCAUUCACCAGCACCCUCCCUUCCUCCUCUGCUUCUAUCUCCACCACUCAGGUGUUUUCUCUGGCUGGCUCUACCUUUAGCCUCCCUUCUACCCACAUCUUUGGAACCCCCAUGGGUGCCGUUAACCCCCUCCUCACCCAAGCUGAGAGCAGCCACACAGAGCCAGACCUGGAGGACUGCAGCUUCCGGUGUCGGGGGACCUCCCCCCAGGAGAGUCUGUCUUCCAUGUCCCCCAUCAGCAGCCUCCCCGCACUCUUUGACCAGACAGCGUCUGCACCCUGCGGGGGCGGCCAGUUAGACCCAGCGGCCCCCGGAACGACGAACAUGGAGCAGCUGUUGGAGAAGCAGGGCGACGGCGAGGCCGGUGUCAACAUCGUGGAGAUGCUGAAGGCGCUGCACGCGCUGCAGAAGGAAAACCAGCGGCUUCAGGAGCAGAUCCUGAGCCUGACGGCCAAGAAGGAGCGGCUGCAGAUUCUCAAUGUGCAGCUGUCUGUGCCCUUCCCCGCCCUGCCUGCCGCCCUUCCUGCCGCCAACGGCCCAGUCCCUGGGCCCUAUGGCCUGCCUCCCCAAGCCGGCAGCAGCGAUUCCUUAAGCACCAGCAAGAGCCCCCCAGGGAAGAACAGCCUUGGCCUGGACAACUCUCUGUCCACGUCUUCCGAGGACCCACACUCAGGCUGCCCCAGCCGCAGCAGCUCGUCGCUGUCCUUCCACAGCACGCCCCCACCGCUGCCCCUGCUCCAGCAGAGCCCUGCUACUCUGCCCCUGGCCCUGCCUGGGGCCCCGGCCCCACUCCCGCCCCAGCCACAGAACGGGCUGGGCCGGGCACCGGGGGCAUCGGGGCUGGGGGCCAUGCCCAUGGCUGAGGGGCUGUUGGGGGGGCUGGCGGGCAGCGGGGCCCUGCCCCUCAAUGGGCUCCUGGGGGGGUUGAAUGGGGCUGCUGCCCCCAACCCUGCGGGCUUGAGCCAGGCUGGCGGGGCCCCCACGCUGCAGCUGCCAGGUUGUCUUAACAGCCUGACAGAGCAGCAGAGACAUCUCCUGCAGCAGCAAGAGCAGCAGCUCCAGCAGCUCCAGCAGCUCCUGGCCUCCCCACAGCUGACCCCGGAACACCAGACUGUUGUCUACCAGAUGAUCCAGCAGAUCCAGCAGAAGCGGGAGCUGCAGCGGCUGCAGAUGGCUGGGGGCUCCCAGCUGCCCAUGGCCAGCCUGCUGGCGGGAAGCUCCACCCCGCUGCUGUCUGCGGGCACCCCUGGCCUGCUGCCUGCGGCCUCCGCCCCCCCACUGCUGCCUGCCGGGGCCCUGGUGGCUCCCUCGCUCGGCAACAACACGAGUCUCAUGGCCGCAGCAGCAGCAGCCGCAGCAGUAGCAGCAGCAGGCGGACCUCCAGUCCUCACGGCCCAGACCAACCCCUUCCUCAGCCUGGCAGGGGCGGAUGGCAGUGGCCCCAAAGGCGGGACCGCUGACAAAGGAACCUCAGCCAACCAGGAAAAAGGCUAAAUCCACCCAGCCCCUCCUGAUCCCCAGAUGGAGGGGGCAGAUCUUGGCCUGAGGGUCCUAGCCUGGAGCAGGCACCUGCAUCCAGACCCUGGAGAGCCCCAGCCCAGAUCGUGUGCUGAGGCCUGGGGAGUGCAGGGUGCACCUGGUGCCGAGGACUGAGCCAGAGAAGGGUGCCCCUUCCACUGGGCCCCCCUCCCUCCGCACUGACCCCUUUGUGAGGGGCUCAGAGGGAGGACAGGCUUCCAGCCCACCUAGGAGCCCCCACUCUCAGUAAUGCUUUGAGGUCCUCCAAGAGCAAAGUGGGCUAUGGCAUAAGUGGGGGGUUGGUUGGACCCUCCACAGAAAAUGGAUCAGCACUUGAGUGGGGAGAGGUAGGGGGACAGGCUUGGGCCUGUUCGUGCACGGAAAUCUCUUAGGAAAGAAGGGGUGGCCCUGCUUUACCUGCAGUUUCUUCCUAGCUUGGGCAGAUGGCAGAAGAGAUCCCUGGGACUGUGUCUCCCUGGUACCCCUCCCCCGCCCCCCCAACAAUGGUUACAAGCUGAGCUUGUAAAAGCCCACAGACUAGGGAGCUGAGGAAGGGGCAGCAGGGCCUCAGAUUUAGCGGGAGCCUCCCCACCUGUGGCGAGCCCCCAGGUGACUGGCUGGGGGAGCGCAGGGGGAGGAGGCCCAGCCCCCUGGGGCCCUGCCCCUUGUUUGCACUAUUGGAUUUAGGAGUGCGGAGGGUGGGAAGAUGGAGCUGCCUGACUCAGAGAGCGUGUGUGCCUGUGUGUCCGUGUGUGUGUGUGUGUGUGUGUGUGUGUAUGUAUGUCUGUCUGUCUGUCUGUCUGUCUGACUGACUCCCCCUGGGCCUGGGGCCGCCGAGGGCAGGGAUAGGAGCAGUGCUCAGAUGAGGCAGCACCAGAAGGGGGCUCCCAACUUUUGUUUGCACCCUCCCCACCUCACCAACUUUGGUCCCUUUCUGGGGCGUGAAUGGUUAACAAAAACCAGAACAGUACUCCACUAUUGGAGAGUAAUGGGGGCUGGGGGCUUUGAAUCAGGGUAAUAUCCUGCCUUCCCAACCCCCAGACCCCACUUGGCCUCACUGCCCCCUUCAGAGCUCUCCUUCCCCCACUGAUAGCUGGUCCUGCCUCACUGGCACAGGGGGAGUCCCAAGGAUCUGGGGGAUGGGGCAGGGGUGGGGGGUAAAGUGCCACAUCCUUCAGCGGAGAAAACCUCCUUCCCAGGAUUAGCCAGCUUGCUUCCCGGCACCCUACUCCCGCCCCGACCAACCAUGGGAGCCAGGAGCCUUCACUUGAGCUGACCUGACAGCCAUCCCUUCCCCCACCAGCUAUUUCCCCAGGGUGGAGGGGGCAGUUCUCACCUAAAAGAGCCCCCACCUGCUCAGAGCCUUUGGUGGCAAAGGCCGAGGGGCCAGUAGGGCAGCCAGGAGAGUGGUGGGGGGAAGCCUGUGUCUCUGUUUCAGUUGCACUGGGGUUGGAGCCGGGAGAAGGCGUUUCCAGCUUUCCCUGAUGCUCAUGUCUCGUCAGUCUUUGCAUGUGUGGAUUUUUUGUGUGUGUUUCUGUUUGGGUUUUUGUUAUUGUUGGUUUUUUUUUAAAUAAAGAAAAGAAGAUGUGUAUAUUUUUGGCAACGACAGAAACGUAGUGCAGAUAUAUUUUUGCCUGUGCUGCUCAACUGGUUUUUUUCUGAUACUGAAAAUAAUAUUAAUAUUCCUGUUGAUAAGACUUUGUAAGAUGUUAGGGAGCUGAUAAAGGAGGGGGUGGGUGGGAAUCCUUCAGAGGCAAUUUCUUAGGCACUUGCAAGGGCUUGGGGGUGGGGGGAAGGCAGUUGUGAUGACCUCAGAAAUACUCACUUUUUAUUAAGGCUAAAUAUCAAUUAGAAAGAAACGAUAGGAUUCAGCAUUUUAUUCAUCUUCAUCUGUUAAGCUCUCUAAUUCCCUGCCCCCAAACCACUGAAAAGAAAAAUAACCUUCAGAGAUUCUUAGAAGAAUUGCUCAUUCACACUCACACCCACUAGGAGCUGAAGUCAACUUCUGUUCUGGAUGCUGAGGGAAGCCAGUCCACUCCAAGGUUGCUGUGGCAGAGAGCGAGGGGUCCCUAGGAUUUAGUGCACUGGAACCAAGACCUCCCCCUCCCUCCCAGCACCCGAGAGCCUGGGGUUCUCAUCUCCAAGAGCCUAUGUUUUUUUCAGCUUUCCCCAGGCUGGGGUGCAGCAGCAGGUAGGUUAAGUUAGAUUAGAAGGGACCCAGGCUGGGUAUGAAUCGCUGCUGUCCCUCUAUUUCUGCCAGGGGGCAGGGCGUGAGAGAAGUAGUGCAUUUCCUUCCUCAGAGGGAGCUUUAUAAUAGGAAAGUUCUGGAGAUCUUCUGGAUCCCAAUGCAGGGGAAUGGCUAUUACUGACCUCACCCUCCUUUCCCAUCCCCUGUUCCUUUUUUUUCAAGGACGAAUUCGGAUGGGGAAUGGGAAAAAAUACAGAUUUGUAGGUCUCUCUGCCUAGCAGAGAGAAAGGAUGUGGUUUGCAGGACGGAAAUGGAGUCUGAAAAUGCAUGAGAGGAGCUUCGUGUGUAAGCACGCUCAGCGUGGAGGUGUGAGGGGUGUGCAUGCAGAACCCCUGUCUGGCUUUGAGGUCACGACUGGUGCAUGAAUAUCAGAGCUGGAAGGGACUUGUCUUUAGGGGUGGUUGGAAACCGGUUCCUUGCUUCACAGGUGAUAGCUCCAAGCCUAGGAGGGGCAGGGGCUAGGGGCAGAGCCAGGACCAGCCCUCAGGACCCUGGCCUCCUGGUCCUGGGCUCUCUCGCCCCCCACUGCACCACCUCCAUGUGGCUGUCUGUCUGUCCCUGUGUAUGGGGGGGGGGCUGGGCUUGGCCCUGGGGUGGGAGGGUGUCUAUGUAGCACUGAUAGUCUUAGCUCAGAGCUGAUGGAUCCUCUCCGUAGACAAUGACACUUUAAAGAUUGCUUUUUUUUUUUUUUUUUUAAGUUUUUUCCUAUUUGUGUGUGUCUUUCCCCUCAGGCUCCUGGGUCUCCCACUGCCUCCUGGUGCUCUAACCUUGAGGUCGAGAGCUCCCCACCCAUGCCUAUACUGAGUUCCAGGGAAGGGCCUGGACGAGUGAGGGGAUACAGAGCCAGGGGUGAGCUCUGAGAAAGGGUAACCUCCACAUUUUCCUUUCAUCCAAACUGGAAAUGCAGACAACUUUUCAAAGGCACAGGCUCCCUUGGCCAACUUCCAGCAUCUUCUUGGUGUGUGCAGUGGGCCAAAGUUAGGAGUAGGCAGCUUGCUCCCUAUUGUCCUUUAUCUCAAUUUAUUUUUCCCCGGGGAGAGGUGCCUAGAGGGAUUAAGGUGACUUUGGUGGGGAAUUUGGAGGAAGUGGGGCACAAUACCCUGGCUCCCUCCAGUCACAUCAAUCCGGAUUCAAAGUGUGUCUAGCUUCCAACCACUUUGACUUGAUCUACUGAUAAGUUGGGGACUGAGGGGUGCCUUCAUUGCCCUUUGUUCACUUCCUCCAGCCCAACUUGGGACUCAGGUGGCAGGACUGGAGACCCAAAUCCUGACUCCCAGCCCUGUUCCCUCCUAGCCAUCCCAGCCUGUCUCAAUGUAGCAGACCCUUCCUAGGGGAGCAGGGAGGGGAAGCCAGAGUUUGCAAACCCAGGGGCUCCUUUUACAUUCUUUCUAGAACCUCCUUUAUAUCCUCAGCCCAAAAGGCAAUGCCCCCCUCCUUUCACUUCCAAGCCUGGAAUUGUGCAUAACCCGGAUCUUGUAUCUUUGUAUAACGGAUGUUAUUUGUACGAAGGGCAGUUCGUAAACAGCACUUGUUCUUUUAAUAAAAGAAUGUUUUACAAAA